AUGCAUGCAGCUCCAAAAAUCUUGGGGUUGGCCAUUUCCUAUAUCGUCAUUGCAGUCAUCGGCAUUCCUGCUAACUUGACCGUGAUUGCGGUGAUGCUCCGCAGACGAUGCGGUCUCUCCGGGUGUACCACUGUCUACCUGCUGUCGAUGGCGAUGACGGAUCUCCUGGUCAUUAUCACCGGCGUCAUUUUAAACCGGGUUGUUUCCAUGACUUUACCGUCCAGUUUCCUGAACUUCUCUCCGGCCUGCAACGUGAACGUCGCGGGAGCUUUCGCUGUGAAAGACUGCUCCGUCUGGGUGAUGGUCAUGUUCACUUUUGAUCGCUUUGUGGCCAUUUGCUGCCAACACUUCAAAGCGAAAUAUUGCACGGAGCGAACGGCGGCUGUAGUGAUCGGAACCGUUAGUGCCAUCAGCUGUUUCAAGAACACAUUUUGGGGUUUUAUAUUUGCACCUCCACACAGCAACGAGCCCACAACGUGCAAAGUUAGGCCAGCAUUUUAUACCUCGCCUGGCUGGAUAGCCUACGACUGGAUUGAUGUCAUUUUAACCCCUUGUUUGCCAAUCGUUUUAAUUUUGCUGUUCAACUUCCUCACCAUCAGACACAUUGUGAGGGCCAUUAAAACCCGCAGGAGACUCCAGGGCGGCGGGAACAGUGAGAGUCAGAGAGACCCGGAGACGGACAACCGGAGGAAGUCUAUCGUCCUGCUCCUAAGUAUCUCGGGUAUCUUCAUCGUUUUGUGGAUACUGGUGCUCAUAUCGGUCCUGUAUAUUCGUAUUGCCAGCGUCACUUACUUUACAGGUUCCAAUUUCAAUGAUAUAGCAUUUCUGCUGGAAGAGAGCGGGUACAUGCGGCAGUUCCUGAGUUCCUGCGUGAACCCAUUUAUUUAUGCCGGGACACAGAGGAAGAUCAGAGACGAGAUAAAACUAGGGGUCAAAUAUCCACUGACUCUUAUUAAUAAAUUUGUAAAAUGA